AACAUAACCUGUUUUUUCUUUAACCUCAAGACACUGGAGCCAGCCACAGUGGUCUGGGGAGUAUGACCAAUGGGAAGAUGAUGACUCUUGCUAUUUUAUCGAGGAAUACAAUUACGAGGAUGAUUGUGAGUUUUUUCCUGCAAGCAGCCACGGGCAUCGGCAAAGGAGGCCAGUAAAGGGAAUGUGGCAGGAAGACAUUGGUUACGGAAAUAACCGGGUGCCAAGUUUUUAUUUUAGAAACCGAGAGGAGGAGGAGAGUUGGAUCCAAUGGAGAAAGGAGAGAGAGCAGAAGGGAGAGGAGGAAGCAGGACCUUCAAGACGGCAGGAAGGAAGGGAGAGGGCUUCAUCCAGUACAGAAGGGCAGUCUUCACAGAACGGCGACAGGACCAAGGUGCCUACACGGAAGACUACUAUGGCUCGUGACCCCCUCUUAGAAGAAUUGUGUGAAAGGGCAGUAUCCGAAAAGACUCUUUCCAGCUACAAAAGGGCCUGGAAGAGAUGGCAGAUAUUCUGCAGAAGCGGUAAGAGCAAUCAAGGCACUAAGGAUUUGGUGUCAUUUUUAAUGGUCCUGUACAGAGAAGGAAAGUCAAGAGCAGGAGCCAGCAACGCAUUAGCCGCAAUUUCUCAUUUUUCCAUAGUAAAGGGUAGAGCAGAUAUCACACAUGAUCCAUUAGUUAGGAAAAUAAUGAAGGGAUGGGCAAGAGUUGAAGGCCCCAGGGUCGAUAAGCGAGAACCCAUAAUUGAAUGCAGACUAAAAAUGAUUCUGAACUCUCUUGAGGAGGUGUGUUCAGACCAAUUUGAAUGUAUUUUGUUUAGAGCAGCCUUCGCUCUGGCUUUCGGAGGAGCAUUUAGGAUAAGCGAAUUGGUCCCCCCAUCCAAGAAGGUAACAGAUAAAGGUUUAAUGUAUAGCCAGGUUUUAUUACAGGACAGGAAGUUGUUAGUUUACAUCAGUAGAUCAAAAACAGAUCAGUUGGGUAAGGGCAGAUGGUUCAGUAUAGAAAAAACUUCGAGAAUAACAUGCCCGGUCAAGGCCUUGCAGGAUUACAUAGGGAUGCGCCCAGCAGGGGGGCACCUUUUGUUAAUUCACAGGGACUUAUCCCCCAUGUCAGCAUUUCAAUUUAGGCAAGUGCUCAAAAAGGCAGUCAUUGCGAACGGAUGGGAUCCUAAAAAAUUUGGAUCACAUUCAUUCAGGAUAGGGGCAGCAACAGAAGCAGCAAUGAGGGGAGAAACAGAGGAUAGGAUAAAAGGAAUUGGGAGGUGGAAAUCAAAAGCAUACAAAAAAUACAUACGCCCCAUAAAUGUAACACAGUAGUAAUCCUACAAUUUUUAACCUACCCCCCCCCCUUUUUUCUUUGGUUUGUUGCUGCAGGGGGAAAAGCUACCUGCAACAUUUUGAUCAUAGGCCACUCCUUUAUUUUUUGGGCAAGACAGCAUGCAGCAGGCAAGCAGUUGGGGUUACCGGAGGAACACAUGAAGAUUACAUGGCAGGGGUGGAGAGGCAUGAAGUGGGAACAAAUGAGAGGCCGGUUGUAUAGUUCAAUACAGAAGUUCAAGUUCAUAAACCUGGGGGAAAUGACCUUACGUCAAUCAAAACCCCAGCGUUGAUAGAAAGCAUGAGAAAGGACUUGGAGGAUUUAAUGUCCAGCAACAAGAUAGGGGGAGUGGCUUGGUCAGACAUCAUACAGAGAGGAGAAUGGCGAGGAGCAGUUUCCCCCCAGGGCAUUGAAAGAGCCAGGAAAAAAGUAAACCGGGCCAUGCACAAGAUCAUGUGUUCCUCAGGUAACGGGGUAAUUAGACAUGACAAUAUAAGGUACCGACAAACACAGCUUUUUAGAAAGGAUAAAGUACAUUUGACAGAGGAAGGUUUGGAUUUGUUCUGGGCAAACUUCAGGAAUUAUAUAGAAGAAUGGUGGAGGUCGCAGGAGGUCUAGGUGGGCCAUGGAAAAGGAUAGGUGGCACCCUUCCCUUCUUUUCCAUUGGGUGGCAUCAGUGCGGCUCCAGGAAGAUGGAUGGUUUUUUCAGUGAAGUGCAGGCCUACCCUCGGAAAGUCGCGAGUGUGGAGCAGACUUUGACUGCACGGUCUUGUCUGUGUCAUGCGAGAGGCUGGGUUAGUGCCAUUAUUGCACAUGAUAGGGAGCAGGGGGAUGGGCUACUGGUUGGUCAACAGCGGGCGCUCUGCCCCAUGAUCCCUGCUCUCUAAAAUAACUGUUUGGUACGGUGUGGGCACCAGGCCCACGUUCUUGGCGAUUAUAGGAGCCGCAGCUGGUGGUCAGGGUGUACCUAGUCCUUGGCACAUAUAUAUAUAACUUUGUUAAUAAAAUACGUGACCUCCACAGAUUUUGCCAUCUUAAGAAGUCUCCGUGUCGUUAUUCAGGUUUUUAUUCAGGUUGGUGGUAAGCACAACAGAAGGGGGUAGGGGGAUCCUUAGCCUAGGAGGAACGAGGCCCACAUAGGGUCGAGAUGAGUUUAGGCUAGGCCCCCUCCCCCGCUAGAUGUGUAUUGUGAGUAUCGGCUGUCAGCCCCCACUCUCUCUCACAGGGAGUUACAACAAUAGGUCCCCCUUUUCGGCGGGAAAAAAGGGGGGGCGGGCUGAAGGGCGGAGCCAGGGGGCAGGUAAGCCAGGAAGGGGCUUUUAAGGAGGAGCAGGAGGCCAGUAAAACAUAACCUGUUUUUUCUUUCUCCCACCCUCCCAUCCCAGGUAAAGAGCAAGAAGAUACGAAAAGACGGUGCUCCAGGGUUUCUAGCAACCGAUCGCCCUUAUGGGGUCAGGAAGGAAUUUUUCAUCAGGCUGCUAAUUGGCCAAAAAAGCACCUGAGUUUUUUGCCUUCCUCUGGGGCACCAUUAUCUGUGUAGGUCAAUAGGUACCACCCUGACACAGCUGCGUUUUCAGUGACAAGGCAUCAGUGCGGCUCCAGGAAGAUGGAUGGUUUUUUCAGUGAAGUGCAGGCCUACCCUCGGAAAGUCGCGAGUGUGGAGCAGACUUUGACUGCACGGUCUUGUCUGUGUCAUGCGAGAGGCUGGGUUAGCGCCAUUAUUGCACAUGAUAGGGAGCAGGGGGAUGGGCUACUGGUUGGUCAACAGCGGGCGCUCUGCCCCAUGAUCCCUGCUCUCUAAAAUAACUGUUUGGUACGGUGUGGGCACCAGGCCCACGUUCUUGGCGAUUAUAGGAGCCGCAGCUGGUGGUCAGGGUGUACCUAGUCCUUGGCACAUAUAUAUAUAACUUUGUUAAUAAAAUACGUGACCUCCACAGAUUUUGCCACCUUAA